AUGUUGGGCUUUAUAUCUCGAUUCUCUAGAGGCAUCAAUAAUCCUUCUGCCCUACGUUCUCUCUAUUGUUCGUUGGUAAGACAACUCUUGGAGUAUGCCAGUCCUGUGUGGUCUCCUUAUACAGUUGGUGCCGGGACUAGACUUGAGGCCCUCCAGCGACGCUUCAUUCGUCUGGUCGGUGUGAGGAUUGGCUACAACUAUCCUGAUGUUCCCGUGGAAGCAUUAACUGCAGAACUUAAUAUUCCAACUCUGUCUUUGCGCCGUGAUGUAGCAGAUGUACUCAUGUUGUGGAAGUUAGUUGGCGCCCAUGUGCAGUGCCCAGAUCUUCUCGCUGAAAUUGGUAUCAGGAUCCCUGUAAACACCAGAUCUAGUGGGCUUUUCAGCCGCAAGUACCACUCCACGAACUACGACUUCAACAGUCCACAGGCAAGAUUUGUUCGACUGGGGAAUCGUGUUGCAUCAGAGUGCGAUUUUUUCGCUGAUGGCCUACAUCAAAUCAGAAAGCGGGCCACUUAUGUUUUGUCUCAACACACUUAA